GCAUUGACCUGUGGCCUGGACCCACCCUCCACCCCAUGCCCAAUGUAGCGGGGGCGGGAGGAGGGCGGGGCUGCUACAAGAUCUAGUCAGACAGGUGGAGCCGCCAGGGCAGGAGUCUCAAAGAGCCAGGCUCCUGGAGUAGAAGAGAGAGAGGCAGAACUUGCCUGUGAGAAGAGGAGAGGAGAAAGGCUGGAGGUGAGAGCCCUGGAGGAAGGCAGGAGGCUGGAGAGUCCUUAGCCAGGAUGGAGGCUGUUGUGAACUUGUACCAGGAGCUGAUGAAGCACGCAGAUCCCCGGAUCCAAAGCUACCCUCUGAUGGGGUCCCCCCUGCUAAUCACAUCCAUCCUUCUGACCUAUGUAUACUUCGUCCUAUCACUUGGGCCUCGAAUCAUGGCUAAUCGGAAGCCCUUCCAACUGCGAGGCUUCAUGAUUGUCUACAAUUUCUCACUGGUGGCACUGUCCCUCUACAUUGUCUAUGAGUUUCUGAUGUCUGGUUGGCUGAGUACCUACACCUGGCGCUGUGACCCCGUUGACUUUUCCAAUAGCCCUGAAGCACUUCGGAUGGUGCGAGUGGCCUGGCUCUUCAUGCUUUCCAAGGUCAUUGAGCUGAUGGACACAGUGAUAUUUAUCCUCCGGAAGAAGGAUGGGCAAGUGACCUUCCUCCAUGUCUUCCAUCACUCGGUGCUUCCCUGGAGUUGGUGGUGGGGGAUAAAGAUUGCUCCAGGAGGAAUGGGCUCUUUCCAUGCCAUGGUAAAUUCCUCUGUACAUGUCGUCAUGUACCUCUACUAUGGACUGUCUGCCCUCGGCCCUGUGGCUCAGCCCUACCUUUGGUGGAAAAAACACAUGACAGCCAUUCAGCUGAUCCAGUUUGUCCUGGUCUCACUGCACAUCAGCCAGUACUACUUCAUGCCCAGCUGCAGCUACCAGUACCCUCUCAUCAUCCACCUCAUCUGGAUGUACGGCACCAUCUUCUUCAUCCUGUUCUCCAAUUUCUGGUAUCACUCUUACACCAAGGGGAAGCGGCUGCCCCGUGCAGUUCAGCAAAAUGGAGCUCCAGCUACCACCAAGGUCAAGGCCAACUGAGAAGCAUGGCCUAGACAGUGCCCACCUAAGUGCCUCAGGACUGCACCUUGGGCAGCAUCCACAAGUGUCCUCUCUGCCUACACCCAUGACCAGGGCUCCUGUGGUCAGGACUGAGUAGGCGGACUGGCUCUCCCCUCCCCAGAGCUGGUCUGCAGGGACCGCUGUUCCCAUUCCUUCUCCCAGCCAGCCUCACUGCUGUCUGCCACAAGAACUAGAGGCUGAAAGGGCUGGACACGUACUUCCCACUCCCUGCCUUAAACUCGGGAGAGGAACACUCAGGGCUGGCCCGCACAGGGCUUGUGGCCUUUCUCCUCACACUGAAGAGGUCAGCAAUAAUCUGUCACUGCGGACUCAGGCUCCCUUUUCACUCCACACUGAAGCAUGAGCUUCUGGGCCAAAGGUCAGGACGGGCAGGCAGCAGGCCUGGCAAUGCAGGCUGUGCACUCACUUGUGUCUUAAUUAAAGUGACAGGAAACCACUGA